AUAGAUGGUGACUCCAAAGUUUACGUUGACAGUGAUGUGUUGUUAAAUGUGUUUAGUUUACAUACGUUUUUCUACCCCUAGAACAUUUCUUGAAGCCACCCUACUAUCAGGGAACGCAGAGAGGGUAGCAGGUUGCAGUCUGAAUGUACAAUUGAUAUUUCGAUUCGAUUGAGUACUGGUCAAUAAUUCCUCAAAGAUGUCCUCGUCUUUUCUGGAAAGAAUCAAAUCCUUAUUCCGCCGUUCCAAAAAUGCCACUCCAGAUUUAGAAAUGGAUUUCCCAGAUGAUCUAUUGACUCGUUUUAAUCAGCACCGAUAUUUUCUUCAUUUAGACGAGCAAUGUAAUCAACUGAUGGAUACUGACAAUAAUGAGUUGGCUCACGUCUGGGGGACUUCUCUAAUGUUUAAAUGUGAAUUCUGUAAAAAGAAAAGAUUGUAUUGUGGUUCGUACCAAGAAUGUAACGAUUCCAAUUAUCGGCAAUGUCUUACUUGCGGCAGUACAAAUUGUGUUUUAAUUCCAUACGAACCAAUUUAUUGGAAACUAAAAUCCGUCAUGAGCUCCGACAAGACUCUCACGUUAAUUCUCAACACGGUGGGACUUCCAGAAAAUUUACUAAAGUUCUUGGUUCCACCUGGCGGAAAUUUACCAAUAUUUUCAAAUGCUAUUGGCAGAUUUCCUAAUUUAUCUACUUUGAUUUUACGUGGAAACCAAAUAGAAGAAUUGCCAGACUGUUUCAGUGAUCUGAAGCAUGUAACAUUUUUGGAUCUCUCUGAUAAUAAGUUAAAAUCAAUUCCUCAGACAUUAUUCUUUCUACGUUUAGAGAGAUUGAUUCUGAAGAAUAAUAAGAUUGAAAUCAUUCCUGUUGAUGUCUUGGAGAUGAUUUAUUUAGUAGAACUAAAUGUUGAUGGUAAUCCCCUGACCUCUCCUGGUCCAUCCAUAUGUUCAAAAGGGGUUGUAGAAAUAUUAAAAUUUCUAAGACAGACAAACGAAACGAAACAAAAAACCAACACAGGAGACUAUAUAACUGCAGAUAACAAGACUGUCUCGGAAACCGUUGAAUGUCAACGCAGAAUUAUCGCUCAAAACGAAUAUUUCUGCACCGGGAAAGAAAGCGGCGGUGCCUACGGUGCCUACAUGACGGUGGUGACCGAAGGGACCACAGAAAGAACAGAAAUGCAUCCUAGGGUUGUGGCCCAUGAGGAUUAUGAUCGCUAUUUGCGGACUAGAUUAAAUCCAGAAAUAAUCCAAGAACUUUGCAUUCGCGGCAUCAGAUGUUAUGCAAUUCCAAAAUCAAUUGGUCGAUGUCUUAAUCUAAGAAUGGCUGACUUUCAGGACAAUCAGAUCGCAUCCAUACCACAAGAAAUUGUUCAUCUCCAAAAACUCGAAAUUCUAGAUGUUUCUAAUAAUUUCAUCUGCAGAGUUUCACCCUGUGUCGGGUUUUUAUCAUCUUUAAGGCGAUUAAAUCUAGCCUCGAACAAUAUAACUCACUUACCUAUGUCGUUCUUAAAUCUACCACGACUUGAAGAACUCGACGUAUCGGGAACCAACAUGACGUCACCAUCAAUGGAGAUCUGUUCGUCUGGUUUAUCCGCCAUUUUCACAGAGUUAAAACUACUGCGUUCGUGUCGAAGAAAUAAAGAUGCCUUUCUCAAAGCCUGGUACGAUGAUGCUGAAGGUGCUAACUGUAAUUUGGAGGUUAAUUCUUUAAAAUCAUUGUGUCUCCAAACUUUACUGACGUAUAAAAUGAGUUUACCAACACAGAUGACGUCAAUGCCGCCAUUGUAUAAAAGACUUAUCACACAGGAAGUGGCCCAAAGAGACGUUUUCAAAAUGAUUUCAUGCCAUAUUUGUCAGAAGAACUUCUCCAGUGAAGUUUAUUUUAAAAUGCAUGAAUGUCACACAGACUAUGACGUAGAGUAUGUAUUGACACACUGUCGAAAAUAUAUAAAUAUCACAUAAAAUGAAACGUGGUUUAGCGUCCUACUUUUUUGCACCGACUGGGCUAAUGGAGAGAGCGGGAGAAAUGGUGUUUAACGUCCACUCGACACAAACUGGGUUAUUUGUGGACUAACAUAUGGUUUAAUUUUAUUUCAAUAAUUCGCUUGCGCGUAGGGGUCUUUAGCAGUGGGAGGAAACCGGAGAAACCCCACAAGGAGGGACAGGCGACCCUACUCUUUACUCACGUACAACCGGGUAUUCGAAAUCACGCUAGUUGAAUUAAUGACAGGCCUUAUGAUACAGCGCACACGUGCUAACCAUUCGGCCAUCCAGCCAGGGCUAAUUGAGACAGUAGGUCAAGUAAUCUGUUUACUGUAUUUAUUUUUAUAUAAUUCUAAAAAUAGCAAGAUUUUACAUUAAGGGCAAUGUGUUAAAAAAAAGAUUUAAGACAAAUAGACUCAAUUUCUAUAUUUCUGUUUUGUAUGAUUAAUAGUUUUAGAUUUUAAUGUGAUUUUAAGAUAUGAAAUGAAAUGAAAUGGGGGUUUGACGUCCUACUGUUCUCCUUCGAACUGAGCUAAUGAAGACGGACAUACGCCACACAGAGUGCUAUGAGAGACAUUUUGCCCGGGCAGCGGCACUACAGCCUACUCUUAUAUCAAAUUCCAACUGUCAAGGGAUCUUUUACGUGCACGCCAAUGUGUACAUGGGACCUGGGUUUUUCGUCCCAUCCGAAUGACUAGACAGCUGUCCUUGCCAGGCCCUCCGUCCUGCACCACUGACAAGGGGGACUUUAAGAUAUAUUGUUACACGCGGUGACUGCAAUGUUAACAAUGUACUA